AUGGAAACGGAGAUGAUGAGUGCGAGCGGGGGAGCACUGCCCCAGUGGGAGGCCAUGCUGCUGUCGCGGCAGGAGGAUGUGCUACGGCUGCUGGAGCAGCUGCUGGAGCGGGUGCGGAGGGCCGAGGAGGUGCUGGCCGGCGUGCCCAAGGACGACGAGCCCGUUGCCCGUGUCAAGCAAGCUGCCAGAGCUCUGCCGAUACCCUCUGCUGCGUUCCGGCGUGUGCCUUCCACAUACUAUGAGUGGCCCCUCACGCGAAGGAGACGAUGCCUUGGCGCUCCGUCUGUGCACCAGGUCAGUAUCACCACGCUCUUACUUUGUAAAACGAUCAUGCUGGAGAACACGCACUGCACGCGCACUGGCUGUAGCGAUCCUCGCAACAGCCGGUACUACGCCGUCAUCAUCCAGUACACCACGAGGCUACAAUCGCAAAAGGUGUUCAAGUUUGUGCGCAAGUUGAACCCUGAGAUCUCCAAAAAGCACUUCAAGUUCAGGCUGGCGCCAGAGGAGAUCAGCGACCAAUUGACCGGGUUCGGUAAAGGCGCGGUCUGCCCGGUGGGCAUGAACACUCCCAUACCAGUCAUCCUCAGCGAUCGGCUCACGCGGCUGAGCCCGCAGUUCAUGUGGCUCGGUGGAGGGCACAUUGACGUCAAGCUGGGCUGCAACGUGACCGAGUUCAUCACAGCCACCAAGUGCUACGUGGCGGACAUCGUGUACGAUGAGGCCAGCGAGGCCGCCAACGAGUUGGAUGACUGA